UUUGAAGAAGACAUGGUGGAAAUUUGUUUGAAGGUACUCGACCUGAACGUCAAACAUCUGCGUGACCCAGCUGAUGAUGUCUCAGCUCGCUGUAACCCCAUCUACAUCAGUCGUGUGGUCAGCUCCAUGAUUAACUGUUGUAACAAAGGCGGCGUCCUCCAGGGGAAUUGGACCAGUGACUUCAGCAGCGGCGUACCACCCACUCAAUGGAGCGGCAGCUACGCCAUUCUUAAAAAGUGGCACAAGUCUUCCUACAGGCCGGUUAAAUUCGGACAGUGCUGGGUGUUUGCUGGCGUCAUGUGUUCAGUGAUGCGCCUGCUGGGAAUCCCCUGCCGUGUUGUUACCAACUUCCAAUCUGCUCACGACACCAACAAGAACCUGAUCGUGGACACCUACUAUGCAGAUUAUGGUGUUCGAGAGAAAAAAUCCAAUGACAGUGUCUGGAACUUCCACGUCUGGGUCGAGGGCUGGAUGAAGAGACCAGACCUGUCAAAAAAUGACAAAUAUGAUGGUUGGCAGGUUCUGGAUCCAACUCCACAGGAGAAAAGUGAAGGUAUGUUCUGCUGUGGUCCAGCUCCAGUUUCAGCCAUCCACAACGGAGAUACUUACCUCAAAUACGAUGUGCCAUUUGUCUUUGCCGAGGUCAACGCCGACUGCGUUCACUGGCUGGUAAAAAGUGACGGCACCAAAGAGAAAAUUUUCAUGGACACCAAGACAGUUGGCCAGAACAUCUCCACCAAGUCUGUCGUUUCUAACAAGAGGAUGGACCUCACUGAUGCCUACAAGUACAGAGAAGGAACACAGGAGGAGAGAAGGGUCUUUAAAUACGCCCUUGACAACCUAGAGAAUGAAGCGACAGGAAGGCUGUACGCUGGCAAUGGUUUCGGAGGUCGAAAUGCUCCAACGUGCCCGUUUGAUUCACCACAGCUCCUGCUUCGAUUUGAAGAAGUGUCCAAGCCAGUGAACGGUGAGGACGUGAAGCUGAAGCUGAACCUGAGCAGUGACAGCAGCGUUCCCAGGCUGCUGUCCGUCAACAUCAGCGUCCAGGCCUUGAAAUAUACGGGACAACCAGCUGGGAACAUCCAGACUGAGGUGACGGAGCAGAAACUGCUGCCUGGGRAAGAUCUGUCCAUCCCCAUCCUGGUUCCGUUCCAGACCUACCACAAGUACAUGAUAGAGUGUAAGAGCAUGAACAUCGCAGCCUUGAUCACAGACCAACAGAACAAAGAUCAAACCUACCUGGCUGAGGAACGCAUCGUGCUGAUGGACCCCCCUAUCUCACUGACCGUGCCCAGGAACGGUGAGGUGAACCAGGAGCUUACUGCCGAAGUGGUUUUCAUGAACCCGUUCAACAAGAUGCUGAGAAACUGCACCCUGACUUUUACAGGAAGUGGACUGUUACUGGGCGAGAUAGUAAUUACACUCCCAGACCUGCAGCCAAGCAAGAGGGUCAAGAUGCAGUUCAGCGUUGUCCCCUACAGGAGCGGACAGAGGACCCUGCUGGUGGACUUUCACUGCGACUUGAUCAGAGACGUUAAAGCCAGCGGCACCAUCGACGUCAAACCAUAAAUUCCUCUCAUGUUCACUUUAAAACGAGACAAAGAAACUCGCUGUACACGUCUUAGAAAUCAGAGCUGUAAAGUAACUAAGUACAAAUACUUUGUUACUGUACUUAAGUAGAAUUUUGGGGUAAUUGUACUUUAC